AUGGCGACGGUGGACUCCUUAACCCACAUAGACAUCACCACACUCUCUCAAUCCGAGCUUCACGCCCUCUCCCUCUGCUCCUCCUCCUCCUCUGCCUUCAACCUCUUCGGGGCCCAAGACCUCGUCGUCCCCAAAAUCGACCGAUCUGUCUUCAACGAGAGCGCUGGCUCCCGCCGCCAGACCUAUUCCCGCCCUCGCCGCUCGCAGUCCGAUGCCUCCACCGGCCACCGUCGCCGCGUCGCCGGCCUCCACGCCACCCCCAAGCUCUCCCCUGUCCCGCCCGACGACCCCGAGCGCAACGAGAACCACGCCAUCAUCGCCCACCUCAAGAACUUCAUUUCCGAGGACCCCAAAUUUGACCAAAUCGACUUCGAGGCUGCCCAUACGGCGUCGUUUCCCGUGUUGAUGGGCCCGAAUCACGAGUUGAGGAGUGGAAUUGUGGGUUUUGAGGGGAGAGAGGACGAGGGUGUGAAGAAAAGAAAGCGGGGGAGGAAGCCGAAAGUGAAAGUCUUGAGCAUGGAGGGUGAGGGCUAUGUGGGUAUGGAGAUGGUGAACAAGAACGGCGCUGCGGUGGACGUUUCGGGUUUGGCGAAUGUGGAAGACCCUUUUGGGGAGGAGUUGAGGAGGAGGACUGUGGGUUUGGAGACUGAGGAGCAGUUGUUGGGGUUUAUGAGGGAAUUGGGUGGGCAGUGGGGAAGUAGGAGGAAGAAGAGAAAGAUUGUCGAUGCAAAUGAGUUCGGGGAUGCGUUGCCGGUCGGUUGGAAGCUCUUAUUGGGGCUUAAGAGGAAGGAAGGACGUGCUUGGAUAUACUGCCGCCGCUUCAUAAGCCCUACUGGACAACAAUUUCUGUCCUGCAAGGAAGUUUCUUCAUUUCUCCACUCCUUCUUUGGUUUCAAUAAUGCGCGACAGCCAGAUGGUCGUGGGGGUGAGAACCUUCAGGAAGAGUGCAUAAUGACUACUGAAAACCAGCAUUCUGAUAAGGAUGGAGGCCGAAGGCAAUCUGUGAAUUCCAGCUCUGCUCUAGUCGUGUCUACUAUAUCUAAUGAGCGUGAGAAGGAAGUUAGCUUAUCGGGAAUGGAGAAUCUUGCAGAGGUUCAGAUACGUGACCUUUUUGAAUGUCACAAAUGCAGUAUGACUUUUGGUGAGAAGGAUUCAUAUUUGCAGCAUCUUUUGUCCUUUCACCAGAGGACUACAAGGAGGUAUAGACUUGGUUCUACUGUUGGUGAUGGUGUGAUAAUUAAAGAUGGGAAAUAUGAAUGCCAGUUCUGCCAUAAGGUAUUUCUGGAAAGGCGUCGCUACAAUGGUCAUGUAGGGAUCCAUGUUCGUAAUUAUGUGAGGAGGGUGGAAGAAUCCCCAGGUCCAAUGACUGUUCAAAAGAGAAUAGAGUCUCCAAGCGGGGAAGGUUUUCCUUCAAGGAUUUCUAAGAUGGAUGCUUUAAUUGAAAUUGCCCAAAACUCUAUCCUAGAAACCUCAACUGCUGGACCUAAUAAUGAAUCAAAAUGUGGUCCUGCUGCCAAUUCUCAUGAAGAAAUGAACAUAGACUCCCCCCUCAGUGAACCGGACCUGGAAGGUAGCAUGAUUGAUAGGACUGCUUCAGAUCAACAUGAUAGUGAGCAUACAAUAACUGAUGGAAGUAUGGAGGAAGCUGACGAUCCUAUGGAAGUUGUAGAUGUUAAGAUGGAUUCUGGAAUGAAUACAACUUCUAUAGAGAAAAAUGGCAAACCAUCUGAAAGUUCUUUGGAGAAAGAUGGUUUGGUCUUCACAUCUGAUGAGUUAGAGAAGUCUGGUACCAACCAGGAUGGAGCUUCUCAGUGCCUGAUACAUGCUUCUUCAAAUGACAAAAUUAUUUCUCAAGUUGUAGGCAAUGAAAAUUUGAAUUUCACAAGUACAUUAGAGCAUCCCAAUGCUGUUGAACUCAGUAAUAACAAAAAUAGUGAACCUGCAGUUGAGUUUGGUAGCAGCAAUGAUCAUGGACCAGCUAAUGAUACUUUGAUAGAGCCUGUAUGCCAAGCUAAUGAAGAAAUUGAAAUCCAAAGUGGGAUUUCUGACUCCUCAAUGUCUCUGGUGCAACCAUUGGUCUGUUUUCCCACAUCUAAUGCAAUAUUGGAUAAGGGGGAGCAGCAUGUUAGCAGUGUUGGCCAGAGACAUAACCAUGAAACAGGGUUUGAGGAGCUGAGGCUGGAUGAAAUAGAACCUCUGAAGUAUGGUUUUGCAGGUGGGCAAGAAUCUCUUACAAUGCAGGAGGUACCGAUGGAUUUGACAAAUAAUGCAGAGAUGGAAAGGGCAUUUGGCUCCUCUGUCCAGUUUGAACAAGAAGAAGUCAUGCUAAGCAUGGCUGCAAGCCAUCAGCUUACAUGUGUAUGGUGUGGAGUAGAGUUCAACCAUGAGGCUGCUGAUUCCGAAAUACAAGCGGAUUCCGUCGGUUUCAUGUGUCCAGCCUGCAAGGCCAAGAUCUCUGGGCCACUCAAUGUAUAG